CAACAGGACCCCUUUUUUCAAUCUCGCAUGGCUAUAUCAUAAUCAUUUAUAACACGACUUUACUAAAGAAGAAGAACUUCAGCAACAACGAACGGAUAAAAAAAAGUCCCCUAUCUUUCUCUUUCUUUCGUCUUUUCCUUCUCUUUCUCUUACACUUAAUCUUUCUACGUGAUCCUUAAUAAGCACCUAUCUAUAUCUACUCUUCAAAAAUAAUAAUAACUCAUUGGACGAUGCCACUUCAAUCACAAAUCAUCAACGUAUUACCGCGUCGCCUUUUAGCCAGCUUAUGGGCAUCCCAAGAAACAAGGCUUUCGGUACAUAAAAUUUUGGCUGCUUGUGCCUUGCAUCCGCAACAACAACAGCCAUCAGUCACCACCCAGUCAUUCUUAUGCGACGAAUUGCCGAUCCGUUACAGCCACAUGCUACGCUUACUCUCCACCCUGUCUCCCGACCAACUUCAAACGCCCAUGAUUCGCCAUGUCGCUCACCGAUACCUGCACGACAUGUGUACGCUUUUGCACCCUUCGUUGCGCUCGACAUCAGACCGUGCUUUUAAUGAUCUGAUCCGUAAAUUGCGCCAACGUCAAGCAGCUAGCUUGAUCCGUAUGAGAUACGCUCUCGUCCAUACCAAAAACAAUGCAUUAAUGGAACACAUCAACACUGUCGGCCUCGGCAUUCAAUUCCUCACUGCAACAGCAACAGCAACAGCAGCAGCAGCAGCAGAAGGUCGCGUACAGACAGUGAAACCAGCUGAAAUUGCCAUGCAGGCGGUGCAAGAUGCACGCCAGGUCUGUGCCUCCUGUCUAGGCCGGGACGCUCCAACCAUUUCAAUCCAAGAACAGCCCAACCUUUCCCUGACUUUUAUGCCCCACGUGCUGCAUCGCAUGUUGUUUGAAUCUACCAUGAUUACCUUACGCGCGCGUAUGCUUCAACAACAAUACGAACAACAGCAGCAUCACAGCAGUAAUAGCCCAUGGAAAGCGCUAUUCGAUCGUGCGUUCCAACGUAGAAAUAACAGCCCACUCGAUUCCAUACAGUUGGACAUUUUCGGUGGACCAACAAGCAUCGGAUUUCGUCUGCAGAGUCCAGCACCGUUAUUACCUAGCGAUUUAAAACAUGACAUUCCACGUGAUCCAUUAGGGAUCCCAUCAUGUCCGUCUGUUCUAAGCCGAACUGAAUCCACUACUUUACGCGACGAUCUUGAUAUGCUUGAGGACGCUGAAUGGCAUGUAUGGAGCGGCUGGCGUGCAGCUAAAACUAUGGCGAGCCAUUGGGGUGGCAAUCUGGACGUUGUAUCCAUGGAUGGCCUUGGAUCCACCAUGUAUUUAGCAUUGGAUCGUGAUACCUCACUCUUGGAACGCUAUCCAUCACGACCUGCUGCUGCUAUAGCUUCUACAGCGGCGCCCUUGACUUUGGCAGCCGCUGAGGACCAGUUGAAUGCGUUUUUGGGUGCCAUUGCGGAUCCGUCUCAUCAGCCCGCGUUUAUACCGGCACGCAAGGACGAGAUUUACCAUUCUGUAUCUUUGUCUGCGGCUGUUGCAGCUGCUGUAGGCCAUGCUUAA